GAAAAAACUAGUGGAAGCAUAUUAUAAAGAAGGGACAUGGUUCCAUGGUGGAUCAACUCCAACGUUUGAUGAGUACAUGAAGGUGGCACUUAAGUCAUCCGGCUAUUUUAUGGCGGCAACAGCUUCUUUGGUAGGCAUGCCAGAAGAUUUUGUAGCUAGUAAUGCCUUUGAUUGGUUGGAAACUCAUGACCCCUUAAUUGUUCAAGCUUCUGCAAUCAUUGCAAGAUUAAAGGAUGACAUAGCUGGACAUAAGUUUGAGCAGGAAAGAGGGCACAUGGAUUCGGCUGUAGAAUGCUACAUGAAACAAUAUGGGAAGUUAGAAGAAGAGGCGGUGAAAGAGCUUGAAGAAGUAGUAGCCAAUGCAUGGAAAGAUAUCAAUCAAGAAUGCCUUAAACCAACUGCUAUUUAUCCAUUGCCUAUACUCAUUCGAGUUGUCAAUCUCGCAAGGGUUAUUGAAUUGC